CUAACAUCAACAAGACACCAUGUGCCGAUGAAUAGUGUAAUGUCGGUUGAUGCCAGUUAAAUAUCUUUUGAUAACAACGAUUUCCAAAGUCAAGCGUGACAAAGAUGGAGGACCUAACAGCGGCUCUUGCCACAAGCUUUCACGUGACUUACGAACCAAACACCACAGCAGCCCAACAUCCAAGAUUUGCAGAAUACAAGAAGAAAAGUGAUAAGCACAGCCAGGAUGAAAGACGAAGGAGAUACCUUGAUCUUCAAAAAAAGAGAAGAUUUGAUUGCAAUGCAUUGGUUAGAAAUCUGUCAGUUGGAUCAUGGGAUAGUCAGCAUCACAAGAUUUCAGACAGAGAUGAGGAGGACAUGGAGUAUGAUGUGGUGUUGCGAAAACCAGGAAGAUAUUAUAAAAAUCAGCUGAUGUUUUCAGAGUGGCUAGUCGAGGUGCCAGAUGACUUUGAGAAGGAAUGGACAAUGGUCAUCUGUCCUACAGGGAAGCGGUCUCUCAUCGUUGCGUCACAGAACUCCACAUCAGCCUAUGCCAAGAAUGGUUUUAAGAUGAACACAUUCCAGUCCCUUCUACCAGGAGGCAAUAGAAAUUACAGAAGUAAAAUGGGUGACUGCACUAUCAUGGACUGUAUCCUGGAUGAAGCUAACAAGACCUACUUUGUCCUGGACCUGAUGUACUGGAAGCAGCACCCCCUGUAUGAGAGUGAGACAGAAUUCCGCUUCUACUGGUUGAGUACAAAAUUCUCAGAGCAUCCAGAGAUUGGAUGCUUUUCUAAAUUAAAUCCGUACAAGUUCUUACCCCUGCCCUCUUUUCCCUGUAACAAGGAAGUUAUUCCUUCAGCUCUGUCAGCAGCUCAGUUUCCGAUUGAUGGAUUACUGUUUUACCACAAGAGAACACACUACACAUUCGGUGCAACUCCGCUGGUAGUCUGGCUCAAACCGUACAUGCUACCCGAGAUACUGAACAUUCACGAGCCAGCUCAUCUUCUGAGCCAGGCACCAGCCGGAUAUUCUAACUACGCUAAACACAUGGAGAAGGAAAAAGAGAAAGAGCCGUAUGGCCCGUACUACGGGAGAAAGCGCAAAGGGAAGCGCAAGGGAAAACAAGAAGGCAUGGAGGUGGGUCAAAGCGAUUCCGCAGACAUGUCACUGAGCACGGUCUCGGGAGACUCUCCCAACACGUCGAUAAACAUGGAUCAUGGAGCUGCUGGGGACUUAGCCAUGGAGCAGGAGAGUUCAAAACUGGAACAAGACUGUUCAAAACCGGAACAAGACUUUUGUACACUGGAACAAGAGAAUUCCAAUCAAGAACAAAAUAGUUCCAAACCUGACAAUGUAAACUCAGAAGGUUUGGAGCAGAAUUCUGAACAGACUGAAGAAGAGAGCAUGAUGUCCACAAAAAUCACAAGGGAUGUUUCUUAAAAUAGAGGCAAUGUUACAGAACAGGGCAUUGUCUGAUAAGUUAUGCUGGAUAUAAUGGAAGGGGUAUCAUUUUAGAUUUCUGCAAGGUGUGCAGAUGUCACUGCUGUUUUCUUUUUAGCUGAAAGUGCGGGUAUUAGAGAGCGGUGCAGCAUAUUAAUUUGGACACCGGACGCGGGAAUGGUUUUCAAUUUCUUGUGCGCUGGAUUUGAUUACAACUUAAAUACUGAACCCGUAUGCCUAAAACCCAGGUGUGGUAUUACUAGCUGAAUAAACACUGUACAUUUUGAAUUUUGUUUCAUUUUAAGAAACUUUGGCGGUCACCAAAAUGGGAUGAAAUAUUUGUUGGGUGUUUUCAGAGUGAAAUAUUUACUGCACCUUGAAUGUUUUUGUUCUCUGUUGGUACUACAUUGUGUGAAUUUUUCCACUGCAUCUUGUUUGUACAUGUUCUUCUAACUACAAGGGUAAGUUUUAUUUGUCAUUUUUAAUGGAUGAUUUUAAUAACCAAGGACAGGUCUUUUAGCUUGUAACUUUCAUGUAUUAAAGAAAGACAAAUGACUGUUAAACCAUUCAGUCUGUUAAAUUUGACUUGUGUAAUCCCAUGUGAAAACGAAAUGUUACUGCUAUGUACACCAAGUUCAAAACUAUGUGAUCUUUGCAGAACUCAUCCACCUGUUUUUGGCCUGGUGCGUUAAGAUAAUCUCAGUUGUUUUCUUAAAUUAUCCAGUUAUCUUCAUAUUGAUUCUCUUGAAGUGCUUCUUGGUUUUAACUCAUUUCUUAACAGCUCUCCAGCCAUAUGUAGGGUCUGACAGUAACCUGCAGAUGAUGGUAUGUUUUCCGCAUCUACAUUUAAUUUGUGGAACCCGCAAUGUUCUCAGAUUUUUUCACAUACAACAUGGCAAUUUGGCUUGGGAGAUUACAUUUCUCUUUAUAUGUUGUCUCAGUUUGUUUUCUUUUUUUUUCAAUUGAACAUUACAAUGAAACAUAAUUGAUUUCAAUAACAUCUUUUAUUUAUUUAUGUGCAAGGUAUGUGUACACUGGUAUGGACAUACCAGAAGAAUUAAGCUAUGAUCACAAACAAAAUACAGCAUUAUUCCAGCAUCAACAGUGUUUUCUGUUAUUUACAGUUCAGUCUUAAAGGUAAAGACCUCUAAAAAUCAAGCAGGCAUUAGUAAAUAGACUACUUUGAACUAUGCAUAAAUAUACUUUCAUUUAUUUUUUGAAGAGGUUUUGUGAAAAGAGUUAAAAGCGUUCAAAUCUUUGAAUUCUAUGGUGGGCUAAUAUGGACCAUACUAUCAGAAUUUAAGAACUAUGACGUAACAUCAACUGUUUCCAACUCUAAUCAUGACACUGAAUAUUGGAAUAACUCUUUUUUUUUUACGUAUGAGUAAAGGAUUUCUGAAAUGAUGCUCUCAAAAAUUCCUUUCUUCUAGUGAACAUCAGAAAAAAAGGUGAUGUGACACCAGAGUUCCUGGAUACCGUCAGUAUGGCUCAUAAAGCCCUCCAUAGUAUUCAAAUAUUUGAAUGCCUUUCAACACUCUUAAAAAAUCUAAAAAAAUAAAUGAAAGUAUUUUUACGCAUAGUUUUCAGUUGUCUACAUGAUGUACUGUACUUCAUAUUGUAGCUUUCUUUUACUUUAAUGUAUACAUCUUCUGGAAUGAAACCUCUUAAUGAGGUGAAGAG